CCUGAGGGUUACGCACGAGAAUCGCGCUGCUUUUUUCACGCGCGCUGUUAUUGCCCACGUGGUGCGCAAUCGCAAACAUGGCUGGCAGUCUUCCUCAGCACGACGGCGAGGUUGACUGGCAGACGCUGGAGCCGCUAAAUGCGGACGUCCUCGAGAGGCUCUUGGCGGCGCACACGCCACUUCCCAGGCAACAUGCUGGACCUGCAGUGGACGCGGACGAGGAGGUCAUCGACUUGUACAGACGCCGAGCCGAGCAAGUUUUCGCAUCACUGCUGGCCGAGGCCAGGGGCCCAGUGGAGCAAGCCGCGCUCGGCGCGAGUGCGCAGAACGUCGAGGGCGCCAAGGGCGCGGACGCAGGCCCGUGCGCCAAGGGCCGGGGGAAGCAGCGCAGCCCGGCGAAGGGCGGCGCGCCGCCGCCGCGGGAAGGCUUUGCGGCGGGAGCCCUGGAGCUUGGCGCUGGAGGAGACGAUCCAGCUGCCGUCGAGGCGGUGGUGGAAGAGUGCGCCCGAGGGGCCGCUGUCGCAGAAAGUGGCGAGGCCUCGGAGCACGCCGAGCAGUCCGCAUCGCCAGAGGGCACUGGCGGGGCCAGUGCGGGCCCUACCGAGGCCACGAUCCUAGAGGCCGCCGUGGAUGCCGCGGCCGACGGGGGCACCAGCGAGGCCGUGGAGGACGCCCCAGAGGCCGUCGAGGUGGGCGCCGUGGAGUCCGCGGUCGACGAGGGCACCGAGGCUGCCGGCGGGGACGACGACCAAGGGGCCGCUGUGGACUCUGCCUGGGCCGCCGAGGAGGCCGCAGUCGACGGGAGCAUGGAUUGGGCCGGCGAGGGCGCAGUCGAGGCCGAGUUGGACGGCGAGUACGAGGGCGAGUGGCCCGACGGGGGCACCACGCAGGAAGCUCGGAAGCUGGGCCAGCCCGCUCUGGCACACUUCCUGGACCUGUUUGCCAACGACGACUGGUACGAAGCCCUGGGACAAGAAGUCCCUACAGCGGAUGACGUGUACGAGCACGAGCUUCCAGCAGUCUAUGUGGAGGACAAAGAUGCUGGCGACGUGGCGUGGUCUUAUUGGCAUGACCCGUGGGGCUUGUUGGAUGAGGACGACGAGAAUAACAGCGGUUGCGUCGACCGUGGUGGAGCAAUGGUUCAGGCUCCUAAAGGCGCUCGGUCCGACGUGUGCGUGCUCUACAUUCACGGCGGAGCCUUCUGCGUGAACUCGUGCUGGGACAACCUCUACAAGGGCUUCUGCUCGUGCCUGGCCGCGGCCACGGGCAUGACGGUGGUGUGCCCGGACCACCUCCUGUCCGGGGAGAACCGGCCCUUCACCGCCGAGCGCAUCUGCAACCAGCUGGUGCUCGACCUGCUGUGGCUGCGCGAGUUCGACCCCGUCACCAUGGAGCCACGCACGGCUCCCGCGGACAUGAUCAUCGCCGGGGAUUCCUCCGGCGGGACGCAGGCCUUCUCGGUGUUGGCCCUGAUGGCCCGGGACCACCCGGAUUUGGUGUCUUCUAUACGUGCAGUGGUGAUGUUAUCGCCGGCGAUGGAUUUGACAUGCUGCUCUCACACGUACGUCAGCAAUGCGUGGUGCAAGGAUACCUACACUGGCGACGCAUACUUCCAAGAGGAGGUCUCAUUAACAAGGCAGAAAUUCUCCGCGAUCGACGCCACCUACGUGGGCUCCGAGGAUGCGCUGCAGGACUGCGUCUACAGCCCCUACUGGCUCCUGCGCGGGUGGGACGACGAGCUCCUGGCGGCGCUGGAGAAGGCCCGGGUGCCCAUCUGGAUGUGCAUCGGCAGCGCAGAGGCUCUCGUCGGAGAGACGCUGGACUUUGCCCAGAAGCUGAAGCACAAGCUGCAGAUGGAGGUCUGGCUCCACGAGGCCGCCUUCCACACGUUCAUCCUGGUUCCUCGCGCGCCUUCGAUGCCAGAGUUCCCCAGUCAAGAGGUGGCGAUGAGGAACCUCAUCAAUUUCAUCCACAGGGUCGUUGGCCCACGGCAUGCGCCACGCAGCGCAGAUGAGCCUCCUGUACUGAGGCAGGGAAUCCACUACUACAUUGAUGAAUGGUAGGACGUCUUCAAGGAUCGUCGUGGACACGGAGCGGGCGACUCGCCGCCGCGAGGGGCGGCGCCCGCCGCCCCCGCGCCGGCCGUGCCCCCGGCGACCUCCGACGCCUCGACGCCUGCAGAGCCCCCUCGCUGCCCGCCCGCGGCCCCCGCCGCGGGCGCCCUCCGAGGCCCCGCC